AGUCACUUUGAACAAGUGUGGUGAAAUGGCAGAAGCUCGAGUCUCUGUGAAUUUGGUCGAGUUUAACUGUUCCAUCUGCUUAGAUCUGCUGACAGAUCCUGUCUCUGUUCCCUGUGGACACAGUUUCUGUAAGUCCUGCAUCAACAGACAAUGGGAUGGAGAAGUUCUCAACAGAGUUUACAGCUGCCCCUUGUGUAAACAACAUUUCAGUCCACGACCGAUCUUGGGCCGGAACAUCAUGUUGGCUGAAAUGGUGGAGAAGCUGAAGAAGACUUGUGUUUCUGAGAGAACCCUGGCUGGUCCUGAAGAUGUGGAGUGUGAUGUCUGCAUCAGGCAUAAACACAAAGCUGUGAAAUCCUGUCUGGUGUGUGUAGCUUCAUACUGUCAAGUUCACUUUGAGAUGCACAAUGAGCUGCACCCGGAAAACACACACAAAGUGAUUGAAAGCAGGUACAGUCUCAAAGACAGGAUCUGCAGCGUCCAUAAAAAACCUAAAGACGUCAUUUGUUCGAAAACGGAACAGUUUUUUUGCCCUGAGUGUGUUGAUAGUUAUUGUUUAGGCCAUGACACCACUACGGUCACAAAGAAGCGAUAUCAAGAACAGUUUUUACAGUUCCAGAUUGAACACAUCCAGACAGACGUUCUCCAGAGAGCCCAAGCAGCAGAAAACAGCAUAAAAGAUUUGAAGAAAGCACUUAAUACAAUCAAGAUUUCUGCAAAGACGGCACUGGAUCAGACUGAGAAGUUGUUUGCAGAGCUGAUCAGAUCAGCUGAAAGGAAACGCUCGGAGAUCAAAGGAAUAAUCAAAGCUACAGAAGAAGCUGAAGUUCACCGAGCAGAGAAAAUUCUGCAUUUUCUGGAACAGGAAUUGACUGAGCUGAAAGAGCGAGAUAAGAAACUGGUUCAGCUUUCAAAUUUAGAAGAUGACUUCCUGUUCGUCAAGACCUCCAUGUCCCUCUUCAACUUGGCAACGUUUUCUGAUGCUCCACAAUUUACAGUCAAUCUGACACCCUUUAAAGAAAUACAGAACUCGGUGUCUGAACUGGAAAUAAAAUGUAAAGAGUUCUGCAUGAGUGAAUUAUCUCCAGGUUCCAGAGCAGCUGUCAACAGAUGUCACAUGAUCCAAGCUUCUGUUCCAAUAUUUCGAGAAGAUUUCCUUCAGUAUUUUCAGCAGUUGACAGUGGAUACUAGAACAUCCCACAGAGACCUCCAGCUUUCUGAGGGUAAUAGAAAUAUAACCUUUGACAACUCAAAACCAUAUACCCAAAAGCCUGAGAGCUUUAACUACUACUCUCAGACUCUGUGUAGAGAAGCUCUUCAGAAACGCUGUUACUGGGAAGUGGAAUGGGGAGGACAGCAGGUUUACAUUGCAGCGUCAUAUAGAGGAGUGGAAAGAAAAGGCUGCUUUACAUCUAUAGGUUUUGGAUUCAACGAUAAAUCCUGGAGUUUACGCUGUAAUUCCUCUCAGUUUACGUUUUUUCAUGACUCCUAUAAAAAAGUUAUUUCAGGUCCAGUGUCCAGAAGAAUAGGAAUUUAUCUGGAUCACAGAGCCGGGACUCUGUCCUUCUACAGCAUUACAGACACCAUGAAGCUCCUUCAUCGAGUCCGCACCUAUUUCACUGAACCCCUGUAUGGAGGAUUCUGGGUGUUUGAUGACUCCAGUGUGAAAAUUUGUGGGAAAAACGAGAAGCUGCCUUCUCAAACACAAAUUACUCCUGUUAGUGCAUCUUCUCAUGGGUAUCAGUUUCAGUUUGAAGAGUAAUGUAAUUGGUAUGGCUAGGCUAGCAUUAUAUUGCUAAUCAUUUAUUAAUAGUUAUGUUAGGAAAAUAAACAGGAUUGUGUAAACCAUUUAUUACAUAAUUACAGUCAUUUUUGUGUUUACUGAUAAAUGGCAUA